UGUGUCGGAAUAAAUUCCCUUCCUGUCCGCUUGCGCUUCAGUGAAGUUGACUUCCGUUUGACUGAAGCGACGGCGAGCUCGUUUUGUUUUUCAAGUUAAAUACUAUUUUUUACUUUAUUUAGUUGUUACCGUCGACCAGGCAAUCAUGGCUAGUCGUGAAGCCCUCAACAUGAAGCUCCCUCCGAUCCAGUCCACGGCCGGAGCCGUGCCGGUCCGGAAUGAGAAAGGUGAGCUGUCCAUGGAGAAGGUGAAGGUGAAGAGGUACGUGUCAGGUAAACGUCCUGAUUACGCGCCAAUGGAGUCGUCCGAUGAGGAAGACGAGGACUUCCAGUUUGUGAAGAAGGGAAAGGAACUGGAGGCAGAGGUGGAGCUGGAGGAAGAGGAGGUCUCUGACCCACGUCUCAAACGUUUGCUCAACCGUGUCUCUGAGGACGUGGAGGAGAGGCUUGCGAGACACAGACAGAUCGCAGAGCCUGAAGUUGUAGCCGAGAGCAGUGAGGACUCUGAUGAAGGCACGUGGCACCCAGAGCAUGAGGAGAGUAGUGAGGAAGAAGAGGAGGAAGAGGAAGAAGUGGAUGAUGAGGAAAUUGAGAGGAGACGAUCGAUGAUGCGACUGCGAGCAACUGAACGGAAGACUGAGGAUAUGGAGGUCAUGGAGGUGGAGGAGGAAGGGAAGUCGGGGGCGGAGUCAGAGUCAGAGUCCGAAUAUGAAGAAUACACAGACAGCGAGGAUGAAGCAGAGCCACGGCUCAAACCUGUCUUUAUUCGCAAAAAGGACCGAGUCACAGUGGUGGAGCGUGAAGCAGAGGAGCUGAAGCAAAGAGAGCUGGAGGCCGAGGCCAAGAAGCAGGUCGAGGAGCGACGGCGCUACACCCUCAAGAUUGUGGAGGAGGAGGCUAAGAAGGAGUUUGAGGAGAACCGGCGCACGCUGGCUGCUCUGGACGCUUUGGACACCGACGGGGAGAACGAGGAGGAGGAAUACGAAGGCUGGAAAGUCAGAGAGCUGAAACGCAUCAAGAGGGACAGAGAGGCACGGGAAGUCAUGGAGAAGGAGAAGGCUGAAAUCGAGAGAUUCCACAACUUGACAGAGGAGGAGCGCCGGGCUGAGCUCCGUAACAGCGGCAAGCAAGUCACCAACAAAGCCAGCAAAGGCAAAUACAAGUUCCUCCAGAAGUACUACCACAGAGGAGCCUUCUUCAUGGAUGAGGAGGAGAACGUGUACAAGAGAGAUUUCAGCGCGCCUACUCUGGAGGAUCACUUCAACAAAACCAUCUUACCCAAAGUCAUGCAGGUCAAAAACUUUGGUCGCUCUGGACGCACCAAGUACACCCACCUGGUGGACCAGGACACCACGUCCUUCGACUCGGCCUGGGCCCAGGAGAGCGCUCAGAACAGCAAGUUCUUUAAGCAGAAGGCGGCAGGCGUGAGGGACGUGUUUGACCGCCCCACAGUGAAGAAGAGGAAGACUUAAGAUGUGUCAAACAGACUUCACCAGGCCCACAUGCAGCUUUAGAGACUGUUCAGAGACUGAGCUGCGGAGUCUCUUUCCUGGACUUUAUGUUGUGGAAGGAAAGAGGCAAAUAGACUGAUUCCACUGCUUUGAUCAUAAUGAUGUGUUUAUCUACCAUGAAAGUGCACCAUCAUUUCAAAUUAUUGUUGGUUCCACAAACCCUACUGAAGAGGCAGCAGGUUUUCUAUUUGACAAGAUGCAGAAUCCCUUCAAAGCGAGAUCUUGGCUGUAAAAACGGAAUAUAGCUUAAUGUCCUGCUGCAUAUGAGGAUUGCUGCAUUUUCAGGAGACGCAGGUAAAGUCACCUUUUGUCUUUAAGAACAGUGGGUUGUAAUUUUUGUACAAAUCAGCAACAUUUAAUAUGCAGAUUCUUGUACUGAUUUCCUGCAUUGUAACUUGGUUUGUUUGUGUUGAAUAAAACUUGCAUUUCCAUUUUUAAAA